AUGGUUCUAAUCUAUGUCAAAUCGGGUGAAUGGAUGUGUAGUCGCGGUGAUGACUGGAGUUUCGUGGUAGACAAAGAAAGGCGUGGUCGAAUGGUAACAUUAGCAACUACUACUACGUUGAAGCAGCUCAAGAUAAUGGUGUGUGAGGAUUAUGGGGUGGACCAUAAUGCCAUUAAUGCCGAGUUCAGUUAUUCGUUGUUGAAUCAAAAAGGGAAUCCUCCUAUUAUUAUCACCAAUGAUCGGCAAGCAUCUAAUUUUGUGGGCUAUGCAAAGAGGGAAUCGUCUACUACCUUGUGUGUGAUGUUCUCUGUUUCUGGUGUAAAUCAAAAGGAACGAGUCAAUAUCGAUUUGAAUAAGGAGCCUUGUGAUUCAAGUAAUGUUGAGGAUGAAGAAGUUCCUGAGAUAAAUCGAGCAGAGUUUGUCAAGCCGUCAAAGGAGUCUUUUGUUAAAAGAACGAAUCAUGUCGCUGCAGAUGGUUGCGGUCCUUUAAGGAGUGAAAACAUUGAACUUUGUCAAAACAAUGGAGACAGUGAUAAGGAUGGUCGAGCUUGGAGAGGAGACUUCGUGAAGAAGGAUCAAAUUUUCACAAAUGCAUUGUGCAACUGGACUGUGCGUGCAGAAGGAAUAGAUGGGUCUACAUAUUUCAUGAUCAACCAAUGUGAUGGAAGACAUUCAUGUGCUCCUUCAAAGAAAAGGAAAUUCGGAAAAACAGCAUCAGCAAGAACAAUUGGGACUCUGAUACAACAUCGAUUUGAUGAUGCAAACGAUGGCCCAAAACCGAAUGACAUCAUUCAAUUUAUGAGAAUGGAGCAUAGUUGUGAGAUUACUUAUUGGCACGCUUGGGAAGCUCGUGAGUUUGCUAUUGCAGCUGCUAGAGGUAUACCAGAUCGCAGUUACUCUAAAAUACCAGCAUAUUUGCAUAUGAUUAAAGAAGCAAAUCCUGGUACGCAUACUCACUAUGAAACUAAUGAGAAGGGAAGAUUCAUGUAUCUAUUUAUGUCAUUUGGGCAAUCAGUUAGAGGAUUCUACAAUGCAAUGCGAAGGGUGAUUGUUGUUGACGGAACUUUUCUGAAAAAUAAAUACAAAGGGACACUUCUUGUUGCUACUGCUGUAGAUGGUAACUCUAAUUUGUAUCCGAUUGCAUUUGGGGUUGUUGAUUCAGAGAAUGACGAUUCAUGGGGGUGGUUCUUCAGACAGUUGAAAGUGGUUAUUGCUGAUUGUCAAGACCUAGCUUUUGUCUCAGAUAGAAAUGCGUCUAUUUCUAAAGCUAUUGGGACUGUCUACCCUCGAUCAGCACAUGGAAUUUGCAUUCAUCACUUAUUGACCAAUGUGGUCUCAUUUUUCAAGACAAAAGGAUUGACUGCGUUGGUAGAAAAGGCUUCACGGGCAUAUAGAUACACUGAAUUUCAAGAACGUAUCACCGAAAUUUUUGAUAUGAGUCCUGAGCUUGGAAGAUAUCUACGGGAGGCUGAUGUGCGCAAAUGGGCUCGUUCUCUCUUCCCUGGUUCCAGGUAUGACAUUAGGACCACGAACCCUGCAGAGUCUAUAAAUUCAGUUCUUAGAAUACCUAGAGAAUAUCCGGUUAUUCCUUUGCUUGAUAGUAUAAGAGAACUGUUGACUCGAUGGUUCUAUGAGCGUCGCUUGUUAAGCUCAAAGCAUCUAGAUCCUUUAACCGCUAAGGUGGAGAGAAAGAUUGAUAGGAGAAUUGUGAAGGCAAAAGGAUUCCAGGUUUACAAGGUUGACAACUUCAGAUCGGUUGUAAAAGGAGACAUAUAUGAUUGUCAUGUUGAUUUGGAAAGAAGAACAUGCACAUGUGGUAAGUAUGAUAUAGGAAAAAUUCCUUGCCGACACGCCAUUCCUGCAAUUUAUUCACGAGGUAUGGAAGUGCACAGAUUCACUGACGCCUUAUACAGCACUGCAGCGUGGAGAACCGCCUAUGCAGAUUCCAUUAAUCCAAUAGCAGUUGUAGAGUCAGAAUGGAAUGUCCCUGCUGAGGUUAAACUUGCAAAGGUUUUACCACCAAAGACAAGAAAGAGUGCUGGUCGACCAGUAAAGAGAAGGUAUGAAUCAGUAGAAGACAAGAUCGCAUCUUCUCAAGGAUCAAAGAAGAAUAAAAAGCAUAAGUGUAGCCGUUGUGGAACUGAAGGACACAAGAGAGGAACAUGCGAUUUACCCAUCUAGUUUGUUAUGUGUCUGCAUCUGUCUCUGUUUUUUUCUUUAUUGCUUUUGAAACAAUUUGAUCUUCUGUUUAAGAACCUAUUUGACAAUUUGGUAUUUGCUAAACUAUAGAGACAAAUCGAUUUAUUCUAGUAACAACCAAAGUAAUUGCAAAAUAAUUCGUUUCAGUAGAUGAUGAUCACCUCGAAAUAACAAGAAACAUGGUCUUAACUUCUUUGAAAAUAAGAAACAACAAGUUGAGGAAGCACAUAAAAGUAGUU